GCGCGCGUCUGGAGGUCGGAGUGGAUCCGCGUCGUCGUGCGCGCGCGUCUUUGAGUCACGACGCCAUGCCCAGCAAGUGAAUGCACCAUUUGGCAGAUUUUUUUCCCCAUGGUGGGGGCUGUUUCCUAAUCCACUUUUUUUUUUUUUUUUUUUUUUUUUUGCGUCUAACAACGUCAUUUCCCCGGAGUGCGCACGUGUGAUCAUUUAAAUUCUGCAUCUGAGGGGCGUCGUGAUUACUUUUAUUUUUUUUUUUUACCCCCCCAUAUUUUUUUCUGGCGUGUGCGUGGAUGUGCGCGCGUCCGACGACGUCGAGCACCAGCAGCUCGACGCGCUCCUGAGCGAUGGCGUCCCCGGGCUUCUGGUCCCUGGGUGCGGGGGACAAUUCGGGCAACCGGAGCCCUAACACGCCCCGAGCUUGGUGCCAAGCAGCGGCCCAGAAACUCUCCGGAGGGCUCGGAUCUAAAUUAUGUGCGCUCCUGAACGUCAAUGAAGGGGACAAAGGGGGCGUCGAGCCCCCCGCCGCCAAGCAGGAGCAUCCGCCUGACGCGGCGGAGGGCACUUGCGGAUGCAACAAAAGCUGCGACUGCACCAAAGCCAACGUGCAAGGCUUCUCCGACCUCUAUUCAACAGAUCUCCUCCCGGCUUCAGACGGCGACGCCAAAACGCUGAGUUUUCUCCAGGAGGUGGUGGACAUCCUGCUGGCGUAUAUCGUGGAGUCGUUCGACCGUCAAACCAAAGUCAUCGACUUCCACUAUCCGAGCGAGCUGCUGCACUUGAACAAUUGGGAGCUGCAGCACGAGCCCAGCACGCUGGACGACAUCUUGAUCAGCUGCAGGGCCACCCUCAAGUAUGCCAUCAAGACAGCGCACCCCAGGUACUUCAACCAGCUCUCCACCGGAUUGGACAUGGUGGGCCUGGCUGCAGAUUGGCUGACGUCCACCGCCAACACUAACAUGUUCACGUACGAGGUGGCCCCGGUGUUCGUGCUGCUGGAGUACGUGACACUGAAGAAGAUGCGCGAGAUCAUCGGCUGGCACGAAGGCCGCGGAGAUGGCAUCUUCUCACCUGGAGGCGCUAUUUCCAACAUGUACGCCAUGCUGUUAGCCCGCUUCAAGAUGUUCCCUGAAGUCAAGGAGAAAGGAAUGUCAUCCGUUCCCAGACUGGUGGCCUUCACUUCUGAACAUAGUCACUUCUCCAUUAAGAAAGGAGCAGCAGCUCUGGGCAUCGGCACCGAGAGUGUCAUCUGCAUCAAAGUCGACCAAAGUGGCAAAUUGAUCCCCGCCGACCUCGAGCGGAGAAUACUGGAAGCCAAACAGAAGGGUUUCGUGCCGUUCUUCGUAAGCGCCACGGCGGGCACCACCGUCUACGGCGCCUUCGACCCGCUCAUCGCCAUCUCCGACAUUUGCAAGAAGUACAACGUGUGGAUGCACGUGGACGGUGCGUGGGGAGGAAGUCUGCUCAUGUCCAGGAGACACAGGUGGAAGUUAGAUGGCGUUGAAAGGGCCAAUUCGGUGACUUGGAACCCGCACAAAAUGAUGUCCGUGCCGCUUCAGUGUUCUGCUCUGCUGGUGCGCGAGGAGGGCCUGAUGCAGAACUGCAACCAGAUGCACGCCUGCUACCUGUUCCAGCAGGACAAACACUACGAUCUGUCGUACGACACGGGCGACAAGGCCCUGCAGUGCGGGCGCCACGUGGACAUUUUCAAGCUGUGGCUGAUGUGGAGAGCCAAGGGUACCAUCGGUUUUGAAGCGCAGAUCGACAAGUGUCUGGAGCUGUCAGAGUAUCUCUACAACAAGAUCAAGGACAGGGAAGGAUACCAGAUGGUCUUUGAUGGAAAACCGCAACACACCAAUGUCUGCUUCUGGUACCUCCCUCCCGGCAUGCGCUACAUGGACGACAAAGACGAGAAGAAGAAACGCUUGCACAAGGUGGCGCCGGUGAUCAAAGCGCGCAUGAUGGAGUACGGGACCACCAUGGUAAGCUACCAGCCGCAGGGGGAUAAAGUCAACUUCUUCCGCAUGGUGAUCUCCAACCCGGCCGCCACCUUCGAGGACAUCGACUUCCUCAUCGAAGAGAUCGAGCGUCUGGGCCAGGAUCUCUAAAAUAUGUAACGAUCCCCAUUCCAAGUUCAAUAUAUAUAUAUAUAUGUACAGUAUAUAGUCUAUAACGCGUGUGGUGGCUCCGCUGCAGUCCAAAGCUUUGUACAAGUGCGUCCGUCCGUCCGCUCCGCGUGUGAUAAUCGCUGUCACUUUAGCUGUGCUAAUAUGUGCGAUAUUAAUUCUUAUUACGAUGACUUCUCAAGCCUUUUUCUCAUUUCUUGACAGUCAUUUUGUGGUGAAGCGUCUGUGUUUUUUUGCGGUGGAUGUUUAACUUGUCGACUAAACCGCCUUGAAAUAAAUGCUAGCGGUGCAGACUACGUCCCGGCACCACCAAGUAAGUGAUUUAUACGAUUCCAUAACGAUUCUACAGCAAUAUUGAAGAACGAUCGGUCGUAAGAGAAGCACAAUGAGCUCCGCAAUCACUUUAAUGUAAAUAGUGUACAUGUACAUAAGACGUAUAACUAGAGAUUAUUAUGAUGUGAUGUUCAAUUUAUGUAGAGCAGGGUGGGCAAAGUACUAUAUUGCUUUAAAUGUGAUAACGAACAUGAAAUGUUCAGAUGAAUGAAGUAUUUUAUCAAUUAGUUGGUUAACUUAUGACAAUACGUGUGCUGUCGUGGUGACGUUUGUGAGCCGGAAGAAGUUUUUCUCGUGAUCUGUGAAGGUUGGUUUGUGAGUGCGUGUGUGUUUGUGUUGUAGUUUUGCUGCCUUACAGUCCAACUUUGCUUAUAUUGUCUACCACCUGACACUUGUGGGGAUGGGGGGUUGAGCACUUUAGCCCAAAAACAUAUACAUAUACAGGGAGUCCCCGGUUUACGAACAAGUUCCGUUCCCGUGCUGGCGAUGUAACCUGAAUUUCCGCGUGAAACCCUUUAAGUACCUCUAAACAACCUCUAAAAUAAAAACUAUCCUAAAAAUGUAUUAUACGUCAUUGUACUGUCCCCGCCAAGACCUUAAAGUCCUAGCUAGACAGACAGUGAGCUAAGCUCUGAAAUGACAAUGUCAGACUUAAGUGUGGUUUGCCGACUUUAUUCUGCGGCCCUCGACUUUGGCACCCCGCCCAGGCCAGACCCAUGAAGGAAAACGCACCAUUUUGAAAACUUAAGAUUUCAUAUGUCUCUUGAACAGUCUCACCAAUUUUGAAGACGAUCCAGCUAACUCCCUUGGUGAGAGAGUCUCAAAUGUGCAUCCUGUAAAUCAAUAAAAAUUUCACAUUCGAUCCAAAAUACCCAAUUUCCUGUUGGGUUUGGAAUAUGGGUGCUAGAGACUUUUUGGAGCAGUUUUGCACAAGGUAUCGACUUAAAAAAUUUCAUUACUCUACGUCGAAAAAAAACUAAAUGGAGAGACAUUUUUUAAAAAUUCAAGGGGGCACCACUGAGCCAUUUUCUUACAUUUUUUUUUCGCAACGAU